GAAAAAAAUAACAAUUUAAUAAGUGUGUAUUUGAUGCCUCACGUUCUUUGUGCUUUUUGCAGGGGACCCUUUUUUCUUCAGAGGGUUUAUAGUGCAAGUUUGAAGUCCUUCAAAAGUUGUCUUGUUUUUGCAACAAAAAUUCAGAAACACAAAAAUAAAAAAGACACUUUUUCACACUCACACGUUUGAUUGUUCCUCUGUUUCUGUUCUGUGUAUGUGUGUUGAAGGUUCUUCUUAGCUUAGUUUUACAGUGUGCAACACCAACGAGGAAUUGAACAUCAACAUGAACAUGUCUGAGACUGAGAAGGAUCCUGUUUUUAAGCUAUUUGGCUGGAAGAUUCCGUUGCCGGAAUGUCAAAUUCCGGCCAACUCUCCACCCAAGGAUACUUGUAGCAGUACAAAGAAAACAGAAGUGGAAAUACUUAGUUCAGAAAAAAAUGAGCAACAAGAGAAUUCUUCUGAUUCAAUGGAUAGUAAACAAGAGUCUCAACAUAAUAUGAAGGAAAAGGAACCGAAAGAAAACUCAAAGCCUGCCGAAGAUGACAGGGAGACCAGUGAGACAGAUGAAGAUAAAACCUUAAAAAAACCAGAGAAGAUUAUUCAGUGUCCGAGAUGCAAUAGUUUGGACACCAAAUUUUGUUAUUUCAAUAACUAUAAUGUGAAUCAACCUCGGCAUUUCUGUAAGAACUGCCAAAGGUAUUGGACGGCUGGUGGAACGAUGAGGAAUGUUCCAAUUGGUGCUGGUAGGCGGAAGAAUAAGCACUUAGUUUCUCAAUACCGACAUAUUAUAGUAACCUCCGAUGGAAUUCCAAACACAAGCUCAUCCGGUCACAACCAUGUAUCAAGUCUGGAUUUGUCAGGUUGUUACAGAUCUUCAUCUGAUAAUGAAACUGUAUUAAAAUUCGGUCCAGAUACCCCUAUUUGUGAACCGAUGGAGUCGAUGCUUAAUCUUCAACAGCAGAAAAGAAGUGCUGAUGCAGAUUCUAUUAAUACUGUGCAGCAUAGAGAGGAACCAUCUUUAUGCAGAUCUUCUGUGACAAAUACUGGUACUCAAGGAAACGAAUUGUCGGAACAAAACAUGUCGAAUUGGUUCCAGUGUUAUCCUGUUCAUCCUUGGGUAUUACCGAUGAAUCCGAGUUGGAAUAAUGUUGCUUCAAUGGCAGCAGUUCAUCCAAUUUCAGCAUCCAUGUGCAACCCUUAUAGCGCGGCUCCAACUGCAAUGCAAUGGUGUCCGGCGCCUUUGUUGGCAAUUCCGGGAAUUAGGCCACAAAACAUACCUUUGCAACUUGUAUCAGCAUCACACUGGAAUGGACAGCCGAUUUUGGCUGCUGGAACCGGAACGGUAUCUAUAGGAUCCAGCGCUUGCAUCUCGCCGCCUUCCUCCACAAGUAACAGCUGCUACUCGGGCAAUGGCUCCGCCACCUUAGGAAAACACACUAGAGAUACAGUUUUUGCAGAUGAAGAUAAAUCAGACAAGCAUGUUCAGGUUCGAAAAAUGCUUAGAAUCGAUGUUACCGACGAGGACCCAAAAAGUCCUAUCAGAGCUACAUUAGCUAUCAAGAAGCCUAAUGAACAAGGCAAAGAAAGCAUAUAAUUAUUUCUAGUUUAAAAUUUUUCCAUUGAUAUUUUUAGUCACAAAUAAAUUAGUACAUUUUGCUAUCCUUUGUUUCUCUUGCAGAUAUUUUGUUUUGAAGGUAGCAUUUGUUUUGAGAUUUGAUUUCAAUUGUAUACUUAAAUUUAUAUUGAGAGCUAUGCUCUCUGAAAAUGAUGAAUUUUGGAUUUGACACAAUAAAGGAUAAUUCACAGUGAUUAUUUUUACUGCAA